UGUUUGUCCGGGUUUUCUCGUUUUUCUCCCUGCUGGCAACUGCGAGCACGUUUUGUUGAUUUGGUUUUCUCUGGCGUUAUCUCCUGGUGGUUCAAAAAUGUCUAAAAUAAAACGAAAACAUACCGUUCCGGCAGCUAGUAAGCAGCGACACCAAAUGGAAGACGACAGUGGAUCCGAUUACGAAGUGGACCGUCACAUGACGCUGACAAAGAUACCGAAAACCGUUGCCGAAGAGUUUCCCCUCCCAAAACAAGUGCGCAAAGAUGUGGUCAAGCGUGGAUCGGCUGUGCAAGUAUCGGAAGAUGAAUCUAGCGAAGAGGAUGAGGAUGACGAGGAUGUUAAUCUACCAACAUUGACCAAAGGCCAGAUAGCCGAUAUCCUGCAGACGAUCAAAAAUAACAAACGAUUAGUGUUGAACGUUUCGAACGUGAACUUCUCGACGGCGAAGGAAGAAAUCGAGGAGCAUUUUAGGAAGGCGGGUCGAGUGAAGAGCGUUCGAAUACCGAAAAGACGGUCGUCCGGAUUUGCGUUUGUCGAGAUGCUCGAUGCAGAAGGAUUCCAGAAAGCUUUUCUUCUACACGGGUCCUACCUUGAUGGUCGUCAGAUACGGGUUCAAUUAUCGGAAAGUGGUAAAAAGAAAUCCCACCAGAAGAUUUUGCUGCUAGAGCAGAAGAAUGCGGAGAUCAGAAAAAUGCGAAAAAAGAAUCGAACUAAACCGGAAACCAAAGAAAUCACUCUGGUACCGAAAGUGCAGCCGAAAAUCGUCGAACGGGAUCCAUAUUUGGACAAGAAGAAAACAAAACCACCGACCAAGAAGGAAAUCAAGGCCUACAAAAAGCAAGUAUCGUUGAAAGCGAAAUUCAGGAAUGUGGAAAUGAAAGGAAUAAAAGUUUAGGGUUGGA